CCUCAUGCUAGCUCGGUCGGAAAGGCCAACUCGCGCCUCUACCCCUCAGGAUGAAGGAUCCCUUUCCCCUCAUCGACCAACCCCCCUUGACCCAGUUUGGCCGAACUCCUCUCCAUGACACAGAUUACCAGACAUAUAACGGCGUAUAGUAGUGGUGGUAGGCGUCGCUUCAUCCGACCUUUGCGCCACAUGUCUGCCGCUCUUACCUCACUUCACCCGCCGAAUCCCGUUCAAGGCCCGUACCGUUUGCCAGAUCAUCCCGUAUUCGUACUUCUGUACAGUACAAACCUCCCCUUUAAACACAUACCAUGCUGCCAUCUAAACGCCUCCAUCUUGCAUGGUGGCGUACUGAACUUCGUUCUGGAUCGACGCCCCUUUCUUUCACUCCCCCGACCCCGACCCCCUGUGUACCUUUAUACUUGGCGGCGGCGUAGCAAAGAAGGAUCAAGCAGCCACCAACCAACUAUCCGGGGCACAUUUCCCAUGGACCUGUCAAGGAAGAGAAUCCCACGAGUAGCCUUACGGACCAAAUGUUUGGGGACUUUGGUCCCCAUGUCUGAGGCAGACGGGUUUCCCUUGACGUGCCGAAAGAGGGCAAUGGUACCCUCUCGGGAAGGAAUGGUGGUCAGCAAAAUCUAGGUUAAGCCAGUGAGAUUUGUAGUAUUCUCAAGGCCGAGGAAUGCGCAAACGAA